UAUUUUUGUUUGCACUUCUUGCGCCCGCAGAAAGUAUUGACAUCGGAAUCGGGAGCACAACAAUUCAAUUAAAAUUCAAAUCCCAAUUAGCAAUCAUUGUUCGACUGACGAAGAGCUUCUCACAACAAUCAGAGUUGGCAUCAUGGAUGCGGAGCAGUUGAAACGGCUUGAGAACAAGGAAACCGCCUACAUUGCCGACAUCCUAAGCGAAUUCAAUACAAAGAAUGCAAAUCUGCUGGUCUUUGACAGCUUCCAUGCGAACAACCAAUGGUACGCUCUCUGGCUGGCCAUAUUCGGCAUACUGGACGAUGCAACACUUGCCGCACUCCACACACAAUGCCUCAACACGGUGCGCAUCCUGACGCGCGAUGAAUUCAGUCUGGAGACGCAUUUCAUCGAACCCGAUGUGAACACACUGCUCAGCCUGGCCCGUCUCGAUGGCAGCGGCGAUGACCAGGACUUGGAUCUGUCACAGCUGGCGGAGCCCCAAGCUGCCAUUAUGACCGAGACGCUCAAGUGUUUGUGCAACUUGGUCUAUCAGAAUGAACAAUGUCGGCGUCAAUGCCUGCGACAACAUGCACUCGAUUCGGUGGUUAAACGCCUGGGGAAUGUCUCCACGAUGCAUAGCUAUCCCAGCACCUUGGAGUACCAUGACAUGAAGCUAUUGUUUCUGCUCACCGCACUGGAUCCGUCGGCACGAACCCGUCUACAAAUCGAUCUCAAUGGCAUGACCUAUAUGACCAAGUGGUUGGAUGAUAAGUUGACCGAUGGGACAACGACAACAACGACGACGACGACGACGUGUUUCACCGAUGAGCAGCUCAACACUAUCAUCGAGCUGCUCAAGGUGAUGUUCACGGUGACGAGCACGCCGGAUAAGAGUCCCAACGAGAGCGAAAUCCAAAGUCUGCACUUGACCGGUGUGCUGCGUGAGCUUUUGUUGCGCUUCGGCAGUCUGGCCACUGAGCGGGAACGUGCUGUGGUCACGCAUGCCAUCAAUUUGCUGACAAACAUCACGAGCAGCUGCCUCGUCGAGUUGACCGUUAAGUGCAGCAAUGCCGAAACGGAGACGGAACAGGCAACGGCGGAGACGGAGACGGAUGUGCCACAACCAGCUGAAGGUGCAGAGGCUGCUUCGGCUGCUCCUGCUCCUGUUGCACAGUCCACGCUCAAGUGUUGUGCCCAAUGCUAUGAGCGACGCAAUGUGCGCGGUUUGGGCGUGUUGUUGGACUUCCUGCGCGCCGGUCUAAAUCAGAAGGAUAAUCAAGCGAGCUCCGCGGAACUGUUGUCGCCGGUACUCACGGUGCUGGUGAAAUGUGCGCGCAGCGAUCGCGUGAUGCGGCAUUAUUUGAGGCAAGAGAUCUUGCCACCGCUGAAGGAUGUCAGCCAACGACCGGAGAUUGGCAAUGAGCUGCGCAAUCAUCUAUGCCGAUUCCUCACGCUGCCCGCCAUGAUAUUGCGUGAUCUGUCCGCCGAACUGUUGUUUGUCCUGUGCAAAGAGGAUGUGGGACGCAUGAUCAAGUAUACGGGGUACGGAAAUGCAGCCGGAUUGUUUGCGAAACGCGGCGUCUUGGAUUGUCGACGCAUCGAGACAACGGAAUACUCGUCGGAUAGCGAGGACAGCGACACCGAGGAGUACAAACAGCAACAGCAGAGCUUCAAUCCGGUGCUCGGUUGUGUUGAGCAACCGAAACGAAAUCCCCUCGAAGGCAUGUCCGAGGAGCAAAAGGAGUACGAGGCACUGCAGUUGGUCAAUCUGUUGGAUAAACUGCACCAGGAUGGCAUCGUGCAGCCGGCGCUUAUCGAUAAGGAUGGCAAGGCUCAACCCGUGGGACACAUCCUCCAGCUGCGAGAUGGUCUGCCGCAACAGCAAUUGGAUCAGAAGCGCAAAUCUUAAACAAGUCAGGGGAAAUAUCGGAUAAUAGGAAUCGCAUCGAUCAAAAAAGAAAAACGUAAUGUUCAAAAUGCAAAACAAUCGUUUGGGGUCUUCCUUGCAACAACAACAACAACAAAAACAAACAGAAAAACAACCUUUUUUAUACAGAACCGCAAACGGGAAAUCGUCUUGUUUUUAUUUUAUUUCUUUCGAUCUAAUAGAACAAUUGAUCUAAGUUGUGUGUGUAUUAAGUACUUAGUGCAUAUAAUUCCAUUAUACAAAUAUCUAGUUAGAGAAUGCGAAAACACAAGUCGUUAGCUUUCAAACUUAAAUUUAUUGUCGUACUCGGAGAAAUACAUUUGUUGUCAUUGUCAUUGUCAACCUUAACGCUUAAGCUCAACCAAAAAAAAACCAAAAGAAAUUUCAGAAAUUCAAUAUACGAAUGAAUAAGAAACAACAAAAAAAUUAAAGAAAAUACCCUUGCAGAGUGAAUCUAAUAAUAAUUAUUAAAUAUAAGAGAUACAUUUGUGAAACAAAGAUCAUUUCUAGUAGUGAAUAAUUUUCGGGGCAAAUCGGGAGUCUUCGAACAACCAAAUAUUGCUAGUGGCAACCACUUACAGCAAAAAGUUGAAUACAAAUAAAAAAUAUGAAACUCCCACAACAACUUCUGAUUAAUAAGCAUAAAACCCUCUGCUGGGGUACAAAAAAAAAUUGUAUUUGUGUUUGUGUUAUUCAAAUUAUGAUUUGUAUUAUUAUUAUUUAUUCUCGAGUAUUAUGAUUAAACCAUUUUCAAUGUUUUUUGUUUUUAUUUGAAGCAUACCAUUAACUCCUACUUAUAUAGAGCUUUAUUGUGUUCAAUCUUGAUAGUCAAUGGGCUGCUGUUAAAGUUGCCCGUCGAAUUGCAAUUAACGGUAGUUUUACACUUGUCUUAUGUCGUAUGCAUAGAAUUAAAUAUACAUCUAAUACUAUAUAAAUGGGUCUACUAUAUACAGAAACACGAACAUAUAUGUAUGUAUGUACUUUCAGUUGUUGGAACUCUAUAUACUAUAUAUGCUUAAUAAAAAGUCUCAGCGAACAUC